AAAUAUCCUAUCGCCGUCAUUAGCUGGUGUCACCCACGGUAUCGCCAGUUAUAGUAUUUAUGUCACUCCGUGUUACUUUAUGGUUGUCCAGUCAACAAGAAACACGUGCAUUGUAUUUCUAAUCUAAUCUGUUCGGGAUUAUUUUCUGGUUAUCCCUAGCCAUAUGCAUCACAGGGCUAGUUUUCAGCAAUCGUGGCUUUUAAGAGCAGGACUUUAACAUCUUACUGACAUAGUUUCCACGACUUGUAGGUUAAAUAUAGUUAACGCUUCAGGUCUAAGCCUGUAGUAUCACACCUCUGCCCCUGAGAUGCUAAUUAGCAACCUAGCGUGUGAAGAUCGCAUCGAUAGGCUAACGUUUGCUAGCCGUCGAGCUAACUAGGCAUCGUUGCCACAACAAUGGACGACUCCGGUAUCAAGAAGCAAAACUGGGACGUGAAGGAGACGGAGUUGUUUCUUGAAAUCCUCAAGGAACUGGACAUGAAGAAAUGCCUAGACGGGAGGAAAGUGAGAAAUAACAAACUCUUCAAGGUGGCACACAGGAGGAUGACAGCGGCCGGUUAUCACAGAUCUGUGGACCAAUUGAAGUUUCGCUGGAAACUCCUCAAAAGUGCGUACUACAAGUGCAAGAGAGAGCCCAAUUCCCCGGCCCCCACCAAGAUACAGGGCUGGUGGCGCUAUGAAAAGACAAUGGUUGCCAUCAUGGAGUCCAGACACCCCUUAGUCGGAGCUGGGGUCAACGCAGACAGGAAUGACGAAGUGACUGAAGACUCGGAUGGUGAAGCAUCAGUGCUGCACUGGCCGCAGCCCUGCCCGGACGAUACCACUCAGAACCUGGAUUUAAUUAUUAAAAUGGACCCUGAGAUGGAUUCACAGCUGAAGGUCGGUUUUAUUGGUGCUGGGAAUAUGGCCUUCGGCAUCGCAAAGGGCAUCUUGUCAGGAAAUGUUCUUCCUGUAAAUGUUAAAGUGAGUGCACCAUCGUCCAGGAACUUCGGGCGCUUUCAGGAGCUGGGGAUUGCUGUAACUCACUCCAAUCCAGAGGUGGUCUGUGGUUCAGACGUGGUCUUUGUGGCCGUCAAGCCUCACUUGGUUCCAUUAGUUCUCAAUGAGAUCUCACAACACGUCACUGACAGACACAUAAUUGUGUCUGUUGCAGCAGGAGUACAACUGGCAACGUUAGAAGAACUUCUUCCAGAGAACUCGGUUGCCAUCAGGCUGAUGCCCAACCUGCCAUGUGUGGUUCAGGAAGGGGCUCUCCUGUUUGCACGGGGAUCCCAUGCAAAGCAGGAGGAUGGAGCUCUGCUUCGCUCUUUGUUGCAUCGCUGUGGUUUGGUGGAGGAGGGACCUGAGGCCUGGAUUGACAUCCACACCGGACUGAGCGGGAGUGGAGUUGCCUUUGUCUAUCUGUUUGCUGAAGCUCUGGCGGAAGGAGCUGUUAAAAUGGGCAUGCCAAGUGCUCUGGCCCACAGCAUUGCAUCUCAGACCAUCCUGGGUGCUGGGAGAUUGUUACGUGACUCUGGGAAGCAUCCGGCUCAGCUUCGCUCUGAGGUCUGCACCCCAGGUGGAACAACCAUCUACGGACUGCACACCCUGGAACAGGGCGGCGUGAGGGCAUCAACCAUGAGCGCUGUGGAAUCUGCCACUGAGAGAGCCAGGGAGCUUGGCCGAAAGUCAGCAACAGGGAGCAGGAAAUGAUGCUGCUAGUUACCUUGAAACUGCUGCUUCACUAAAGACUAACAACAUACUGACUUUUUGGAUGAACAUGAACAUGGAACACACGGGGAAAAACAGGGCCUGGCACUUUAUAUUUCCGUUUCUCCCUUUUAUUUCCCUCCAAACAAUUGCAGUUCAUGUUUUUCUUUUUAGCCUCUCUGGCCUGAAGGAUUUGUAAAAGUAAUAUAAAGGUAAAAAGUGAAUACUGGCAUAGUCUUACCACUGACACAGACAAGUAAUGAUUUGAUCAUGACUAUCUUUACAUGCACAUCAAUAAUCCAUUAUUGAUGUAAGUAUGUUGGAACCCAAAUAUACUGUAAUUAUGCCCAUAGUUGUGGAUACUGUAAUGACAAAAUGGUGCACAGUGCUCCCACUUUAAUCAAGUUUUUUUGUAGGCCAAGUUAAACUGUGAGCCCUAGAAGAACGUAGAGAGGGCGGCUUCAUCCAUUCAUCAAACUACACUAAGUAGCAUCAGUCCAAGAAAUGACUUGUAUAAACUUCAAAUCUGGAGUAGUGCCUUACUACUCAGGACUGGAGUAUUAUGUUCAUGUAAUGUCUAAGUUACAUAUGUGGAUGUAUUUUAUUGUAUUAAAAUAUAGUAUUUCAUACUUGUCCAAAUGAAGCAUAAUAUUUAAAUUUGGGAUUGUGGUUUGUUUAGCUGCAGUCCAAUGACUGAAUGCAUUUCUGUCACAGAUGUAGUUUGUUACAAACCCAACAACUAGAAAAUGUGAACAACCUACAGUGCCAGUUGUUUCAUAAAGUGUCAUGUGAGCAGGA